AAUCCACUCCGGGCACGCGCCCGUCGUGGCGUGGUCACACGUGGCUGGUCUUUCCAUCAGCCAAUCAGAAGCGUCCAAGUCACGGCGUGGUGUUUGUAGCGGAAGAGAAGAUGGCUGCGGCUCGGAACGGAAAGAGCGGACUGUUGGAGAAAUGGAGGAUCGACGAGAAGCCGGUAAAAAUCGAUAAAUGGGACGGGGCGGCAGUGAAGAACUCUCUGGAUGAUGCUGCUAAGAAGGUGCUGCUGGAGAAGUUCGGGUACAUGGAGAACUUCCGCCUGGUGGACGGCCGGCUGAUGAUCUGCACCGUGUCGUGUCUGUUCGCCAUGCUGGCUCUGGUCUGGGACUACCUACACCCAUUCCCUGAAUCCAGGCCGGUCCUCGCGUGCUGCGUUAUCUCCUACUUCAUCAUGAUGGGCAUCCUGACUCUCUACACGUCCUACAAAGAGAAGAACAUUUUCCUGGUGGCUCUGCAGAAAGACCCGGCUGGGAUGGAUCCGGAUCACGUGUGGCAGCUCUCCUCCUCCCUCAAAAGGUUCGAUGACCAGUACACGCUCCGGGUCUCCUUCGCUGACGGGAAGACGAAGAACCAGAGGGAGGCAGAGUUCACCAAGUCGGUGUCGGUGUUCUUCGACGAGAAUGGGACGUUGGUGAUGGACCAAUUUGAGAAGUGUGUCUCUAAACUCCACGACACGCUGGCCACGGACAAGAAGACCAAAUGAGAGGCACGCUCAGACACACUGCUCCGUGGUUUCUGCUCUACUGCCAGGAUCUGGACUGAUCUGGACCGUUUUAGAGAAACCAGUGAGCUGUGUGAGGCAGACGACCUCUAGCCGUAGACGGUUCGACCACACUCUCGAAAAGGGAGAAAAUUCCUCAUUUUCUGUUCAGUUUCAUUAAAUCUUGUUUUUAUUUUCA